GAGCUAUCCUUCCAACUUUCAGCUGAUUAAUUAUUUGUUCGUUAAGCAUUAGGUAAGUAGGAAAUGAUAGCCCUGUUUUUUGUAUUCGUUCUGCUAGAGCCGACUCUGACAGCUGGUGAAGCAGCUAGGUUGAAAGCUCUUUCCUUUGGUGCCACAACUAGUGACUAUGUACAGUUUACACCGAGUAGUCCUAUUUCUGUUGGCCGAUCUUUUACUCUUUGUUAUUGGAUGACAAAACCACGGGGAGCAAGGUCAAUAGUGUUCCACAGCAGGAGUGGUAAUAUCGAAAGUGGCUCCUAUGCUCGGGUAGCAUCAAAAAGCGUACGUCUGGAAAGCAAGCUGCCUCAAACAGAAGGCUGGUUCCACUAUUGCCUUUCUUGGGCUGCUGGUGGAACACAGAGGGUGUAUUUUGAUGGAGAUGAGGUGGGGAGCAUAUCUGCCGGAAAUGAUAACAUCGAGUUGAGUGGCCGUAUCACUUUAGGGAAUCAGCAUCAGGACUCUAAGAGUUCAAGUCACACUUUCGGUGGACGUCUGCAUAAACUAAACUUGUUUGCUGAAGAGCUGAGCUCCUCUCAGAUAAGGGAGAUGACUGAAGCAGGUAUGUGCUCUACUUUGGAGGAGGAGUAUGAGAGUAGGGUACUGAAAUGGGAAGAGGUACUGACCAAGCAAAGGUACGGGAAUGUAACAGUGUUUACACCAGCAAACUGUGUCGUAGAUCUAGAGGCCAACCUUAACAAAACUCAGACAGCACUGAAAUUGAUUGAGAUAAGACUGAACAAAACAGAGCUCAAACAACAGGAGGUCUGGAAAACCUUGAAUGACACAAUUGUGGAACUCACAAACACUAGGGCAAGGCUAAAUGAAACUCUGACAGAACUGGACAUCACUGAAAGUGAACUAGAUGAAGUUUCUAGGGCCCAUAAUGCUACCCUCUCUGAUCUUACAGAAAGUAAUGCCAGGCUUCAGGAAUCUGAGCUGAAACUGAACACUACUGAAAGUGAACUAGAUGAAGUUUCUAGUGCCCAUAAUGCUACCCUCUCUGAUCUUACAGAAAGUAAGGCCAGGCUUCAGGAAUCUGAGCUGAAACUGAACACCACUGAAAGUGAACUAGAUGAAGUUUCUAGGGCCCAUAAUGCUACCCUAUCUCUCCUGGAGAAAGGAAGAAGGCUAGAUACAGUCAGUAGGUGGGACGUCCUCUUCACUUCUCCUUAUCUUAACAGGAUCUUCACAAACCAGCUCUAUCUUCAGCUAACUAACAGUUGGAUCAUGAUGGAGAAGUUUGUAGGGGUGAACGUGACAGUGGGACUGGUGGAGCACUUCAGAGAGGAGCACGAGGAACAGGAACUUUGUGAUGAAUCGUGAAGUGUACUUGUCACGUGAAAUCUAUGGACUGGGACUGUUAUUGUGUUAUUUUGAAUGUUUUCAACUAAAACUGUAAUUUGACCAUAAAAUAUAUUUUGAUUUUUAAUUAAUAUAAGGAGAAAUGAGAGAUACAGAUUUGAUAUGAUCUCAUGACUUAUUCGUCUAUUUUAGGUGACAUUUUGUUGAAGUAUCAUUACACGUAUUUUAGUUCAAGGAGGUUUCCAAAAUUGUGUACAACUAUUUGACAUCUUGAUGUUUUUAU